AUGAGUUUCGAAAAUAAAGUAGUAAUCAUAACUGGUGCUAGUUCUGGAAUAGGAGCUGCUACAGCUAUCCUCUUCUCGAAGGAAAAAGCUAACGUAGUUCUGGUAGGAAGGAACGAGACGAAACUAGAAAGCGUAGCUGCGCUUUGUGAGACCAAACAUUUAGUUGUGAAAGCAGACGUCUCGAAAGAAGAGGAGGCGAUCAAAAUAGUUGAACAGGCAGUAGAGAAAUUUGGCAAGAUUGAUGUACUGGUGAACAAUGCUGGCGUUUCACGUUACGGUAGUGUUGGAUAUGGUAACAUCUUAAAAGCGUAUGACGAAGUGAUGGCCACUAAUAUGCGAGCUGCUAUUAUUCUGACGUCAUUAUGUUCUAAGCAUUUGAUCUCCAGCAAGGGUAAUGUUAUCAACGUAUCCAGUGUGUUGGCUGUGAUCCCACCGAAUAAGCCUGGCCUAUUGCCGUACUGCAUAUCCAAAGCUGCGUUGAAUCUUUUCACUCAAGGCGUCGCUCUAGACUUAGGGAAGCACGGUGUAAGAGUGAACACGGUCAGUCCAGGUCCUGUGAGAACAGAUAUCAUUGUAAAUUCUGGGAUUCCAGAAUCGAAACUGUCUUGGGCUGAUUUCGCAGCUAAUACAGUUCUGAAGAGGGUGGGGGAACCUGAGGAGAUAGCGGAUUUAAUUGUUUACCUCGCGAGUGAUAAAGCAAAGAGCAUAACUGGUUCCAACUUCGUUGCUGACAAUGGAUUCACUUGGAAACGUUAA